UUUGUUGAUCCGGCUCCUCCUUUCAUUUAUAAGUCUCCUACUUCAACCGACUGGUGAGCCCUGGUGUUGCCGGAAACGACCUGAUUGAACUUUGGUCACGCCAAAAAAAGAAAAGAAAGAAAAAGGGCCUGACCACUCGAAGAACUUGCAUCAUCCACGCACACACACGAGCUGGCCAGCGUAUCCAAAAUUCCAGGGAACAAAAGUUGGAGAUUGCAAAUAUACCUUUGAUCAGAAUAAGCCAUUCAAACCGGUUCGAAAGCACACACAAUGAUGGCGUCUGUGCGGUGGUGCGUUUUGGUGACAGUGACCCUGAAUUGGCUCACGAUCACGCCGUUGAACGCGGGGCCCGUAUCAAUCAACCCGGCAAUUUCGCCGUUCGGCAGGAACAUCCGACCCAUCACCUGUAAAUCUCGAACAGGUCAACUGGGCACUUGCAUGUUCGCUAUGGAUUGCACGCGCAUGAACGGCCAGCAUUUGGGCACGUGCAUCGAUCGAUUUUAUUUCGGCUCGUGUUGCGCACCUUCCGAUGCUGUGCCCUUCCAUUCGACCACAACGACCGAAGCUUUCAACGGCGCAAACGAUAUCGGCUUUUCCACAACGUCUCCGUUGGCACCCGCCUCGCCCUUGACGACGCUCCUCAUGUCCAUCACGUCGCAACAUCCGAACGUUUUGAACGAGUUGCCCUCGACGACACCCGCAGUUCCCACGUUGGGCAUCACCGCGACUUCGUCUGCUCCGGUAACUACCGCAUCAACAAGUGGCCCGACAUUGGCCGAAAUUUUGGCUUCCACGCCGCUGUCCACCCUCCUUGCGAACCUGUCCGUCCCGACGACAGAAGCGGCCCUAACGACAUUGCAAACAUCCAGUUCGCAACAGCCCAUAGGUACAGAUUUGCCAUCCUCACCUGUUGUUGCAGAGGCUUCCGUUACUAGUACUACCAUUACCACACCCGCAAUAACCACGAGUGGCACAACGACCACCGUUGUAGACACUACUGUCUCCACUUCCACACUCCCUGCUCCUACUACCAUUGCGGAAAUUAGCACUACUACCACCACGGCCUCACCCAGCACCAAGGUGGUGUCGUCUGCACCACCGGUAGAGAUCAUUGUGCAACCUGCCCUAAUCCAUUCAGCUGAAUUAACAGCCGUUGGCAGCACGUCGGCUCCGGAAGAGCCUAUUGCCACGGACACACCGCAAGGGCUCCAACAGGAUGAAUUCACUACUUUAGAACCUGUCACUGAUUUGCCAUCCGCCUCGUUAGAGCCCGGGGUAGAACUGGCGGUGGAACCCGUUGUGGCCGAGACGGACAUUCCGUCCUCCACCGAGGACGAAUUUAUCGAACUAACCACCACCGUCGGCGUAGUAGAAGAGGCAGUGACCGAUGUUGUACCGGAUGUGACGGAAGAAGUCCAGGAAGAUGUUGUUACAUUGCCAAGUAUUGUUGUUGUACCCGAAGUCCCCAUUACGACGACGACGACGACGGCCCCCGCUCCGCCCGCAACCGAGUUGGUUACGAAUCCGGCCACUACGAGCGCUGCUCCAACUACGGCCAGCAGUUCGUCCGUUCCGGACACGACGGUUGUAUCGAUAACGACGGCCGGUCCAGCAGUUGAGCCUGAAACUAUUGGAACUAGCACGACGCUUGCGAGUCCAACUGUCGAGGUAGUUACUAGUACAGUGGUUAGUACUUCAACGCUACCUGUCACGUUUGCGCCAUCGAGCGCGGUGGUUCCGGAGGAACAAUCUACCGCUGUGCCGGAAACUUCGUCCGCUUCGACUGAAACGCCCGUUGUGGAAAUCACGGCCGAACCCGUUUCCAAAGAACCCGCAACGACGACGGCUACCGUGUCGACGACCUUGGCCGAAUUGAAUGACACCGUCGAAGGACCAACUGUUCAAUUUCAAAAUUACCGCGAAGUCUGCGGCCGGCCCAAAUACCAAUAUCCGUCUGCCAGGAUCGUCGGCGGGACGACAACUCAGUACGGCCAGUGGCCGUGGCAGGUUUCGCUUCGUCAAUGGAGGACGGCCACUUUCCUGCACAAAUGUGGAGCCGCUUUGCUCAACGAAAACUGGGCCAUCACUGCCGCUCAUUGUGUCGACAAUGUUCAACCGGAUGAUUUGCUAUUGAGGAUGGGCGAGUACGACCUAGCUACCGACGAAGAAGAUUACCCUUACAUCGAACGCAAAGUGCAGAUCGUCGCUUCGCAUCCGCAGUUCGAUUCGCGUACUUUUGAAUACGAUCUAGCCCUGCUGCGUUUCUACGAUCCGGUUCGAUUCCAGCCCAACAUUGUUCCCAUUUGCUUACCUCCACCGAGUGAAGUCGAUUUCGUUGGCAGAACGGCCUACGUCACUGGAUGGGGACGUCUAUACGAAGAUGGACCUCUACCAUCAAAGAUGCAGCAGGUUUCCGUACCAGUCAUCAAUAACACGGAUUGUGAGAGCAUGUAUCGACGAGCAGGCUACGUCGAGCACAUCCCCAACAUCUUCAUUUGCGCCGGAUAUGCCGAUGGCAAAAGAGAUUCUUGCGAGGGUGACAGUGGCGGACCCAUGGUCAUUCAAGAGGGACAGUCUUGGGUGCUGGCGGGUGUCAUUUCAUGGGGGAUUGGGUGUGCCGAGGCCAAUCAACCCGGUGUCUACACUAGGAUUAGCGAAUUCCGUGAAUGGAUCGACAAAAUUAUUGUUUUUUAAAUGUUAACUAAUGUAGGGGGAGGAAGAGAUCUACACUUUUUGUUAUCGCAACGUGUGUUUCAAGACAAAACAAAACUACAAAAAAAAAAAAGAAAAGAAAAUGACAACAGCCAACACUAACUUCCCGUAUUUAGUUAAAACAAAAAUUUAAUUCCAUCCAGCGACAAGAUGAUGGAAUUAAUGUGACACCAGUGAUGGAUCGAGCCAGAUAUACAUCCAAAACCGUUAUGGCUGUUUCUCCCACUUUUUGUUUAAAUUAUCUGCUUUUCCAGCAUUCCUUCCUGUUAUUUAUUUUAAUUCUUUUAUGAUCCAGUUUCGCUCUCAAACAUUCCCCACUUUUUUUUUUUUUGGUUUUGUUUCUCCUUAUUCUGUUUUUUUUAGACGAGCAGGACACGAAGGAAUCCAGUGGAGGGAAUAACAGGAAACAGGUUAUGUUGUUUCUCCUUCGUGACUACAUACGACCAAUUAAGGUAAUCGCGAACCUGUUCGACUGAUGUCCACCUAACGCCCCCAAAACACUUGUA